GCUAUGGCAGAUACCUCAGGAAAUGCGUUGAAGCGCCGUCAUCCAGAAGAUGAUCAAGACAACUCUCAGAAGAGACCUCGUUCCAAUCAUGGCUCGCCCGCUCCACCCGCGAAAGCGACCCCGGCUGCGGGCAAGCUUGAUAUCGAGAAGAUGGUGGCAGAAGCCAGGGCAAAAGCAGAGGCAGUACGUGCCAGACUUCAAGCAGCAAAGGGCAUCGCCCCGUCGCCUUCACCAGCCGCGUCUAGUCCCAGUCCAACACCUCCAGCUGCCAGCCCGGCAAUGUCUCGGCUCGAACAGAUGAAGGCUCGAGUAGCUGCUGCUACCGGACGAGCCAACGCCACAGCCCAGCAACGAAUUGUUCCUACGCCAGCCCCCCAGGCUCCCUCGCCUCCCCCACCUCCUCCUUUCGAAGAUGAAGAUGAGGGAUUGUCACGCGCUCGCGGUGGUCUUGAUGUCGGUCUCCACCCGGCCCUGCUAUCGGACACGAUCGAGUUCAGGGGUGGUAAAGGACGACAGGGCUCACAGCCCAAGAACCGCAGGACUGAAUCUCCGGCUACGGCAGGACGACCUGAUCGAGCUGGCCUUGACCUCUCGGGCCCAUCCUUGGAGGAAAUCAAAAACAACCCAUACUUUGAUCCGAACCUCGGUCCCAAGGCUACGGUCGCGAAGCCGCGACAAAGUCGACAGCUUAUCUUUAACCAGAAGGGCAAAUAUAUACAACAGGCGGCUGCUCUACGUCGACAGGCUCAGCUAGAGGCUAUGAAGAAGCGAAUUGCGGAAAGAGCACGACAGGCUGGUAUUGAUGAAGAUUUGGAUAUUGAGAAGAGCUUCUUGGUGCCCGCUCCACCUGCGAUUGAAUGGUGGGAUGAGGGCUUGGUUGAUGGCGAUGACUAUUCGGUUAUUGAGGACGAGCAAAAGCUCAAGAUUGAGACAUCCGAUUCGAUCAUUACUCAAUACGUUCAACAUCCUGUGUUGCUUGACCCGCCACAGGAAAAGUUCAAGCCACAACAAAAGCCCAUGUAUCUCACACCCAAGGAACAGGCGAAGAUCCGUCGCCAGCGACGAAUGGCAGAUUUGAAGGAGCAACAGGCGAAGAUCAGGCUGGGACUUGAACCGGCUCCGCCACCGAAGGUCAAGAAGUCGAACUUGAUGCGGGUACUGGGCGAGCAGGCAGUCAAAGACCCCACCGCUGUUGAGGCACGCGUUAACCGAGAGAUUGCCGAACGCAAGGAGAAGCACGAGGCUGCUAACGCAGACCGCAAACUGACCAAAGAGGAGCGACGCGAAAAGCUCGCUCGACAACAGGAGGCCGACGCUGAGCGGGGUGUGUUGAUGUCGGUUUAUCGCAUUGACACUCUCGCCAAUGGACGACACCGUUUCAAGAUCAGCAAGAAUGCCGAACAAAACGCCCUCACCGGAGUUUGCGUCAUGCAUCCUCGAUUCAAUCUGGUCAUUGUCGAGGGGGGUGCUCAUUCCAUCAACAAUUACCGAAAGUUGAUGAUAAAUCGCAUUGACUGGACAGAAAAUGCUGGCCCCGGAGCUGUACGAGAAGGUAAUCGCGAAGCUCAGGCAUCAUGGUUAGCCGCCGAAGACGAGCAGACAGGAGAGCUGAAAGACUUAAGCCACAACAGUUGUGAGCUUCUGUGGGAGGGCCAGGUCAAAGCCCGAGCUUUUCGGAAGUGGUUGGGUGCACGCAUCUGCGAAACUGAUUCACAAGCAAAGGAUGUUUUGGCUCGAGCGAAGCUAGAGAACUUUUGGGCAUUGGCGAAGAGCGCCAAGCAAAGCGAGUCAUAAGAACUGUCUUGCGCCCUGCAAACCACGCCAUGAUCAUUACGGAAUCGGUGCUCGGUUACCUAAGAAUGCUAUGCCAGUGACGUGUAUAAUUAGAAAGCUUAUAACUUACUCCUAUGUUCGGACUGAGCAAGUCUGCACACUGUACAU